AUGGAGAGUACGCAUCUACACUCAGUGGCUACAAAAGAAGAAGUGGACCUCUGCACGCCUGGACAGAAGACAGCAUUGGUAUUCAGCUCUAGUUCAGUUCAAGGAUUUGGCUCUCUCCUUGGACCAACACGGAAGGCUGUGGGCUGGCAAGGGAUCCAGAACCUCCAUGGUGACUCUGGACAAGAUCAAAUGGAGAAAGUUGACACCUCUCAAACCGAAUCCCCGCUGGACUCCUUCGCUGCCCAGCAAGGGGGCUUAGGAGCUUAUGUGAACAAGGCACUAUCCCUGGAGAACACAAUCCUCAGAGGUUGCGAUGUGGGCACGACUCAGAGAGUCGAUGACAUUAGGAACGUGGUCUGGGAGAGGGCUUGUACAGGUCCACAAAUUGUUUCUGAAGUGGAAUUAACUCAAAUGGGUCUGAUUCAGCCACUAAUACUCAGUAUUAAAGAGCAAUCAGUCAUCACAGAUUCACUUAAAAUGCUUCAGAAAACAGAAUUUGGAAUUUUUCAGGAAUUUAUGUCUUUAGAAUUUAAGAAUAAGCCUGGUGAGUUCAUGUAUGGGAGUAAAUUAAGCAACAGAGAGAAAAACAGAUAUCGAGACAUUCUUCCAUACGAUUCAACACGUGUUCCUCUUGGGGAAAACAAGGACUACAUCAAUGCUAGUUAUAUUAGAAUAAUCAAUUCUGGAGAAGAGUAUUUUUAUAUAGCUACUCAAGGUCCUCUGCCAGGUACCAUGGAUGACUUUUGGCAAAUGGUUUUAGAAAACAACUCUGAUGUUAUUGUGAUGAUAACCAGAGAGCUUGAAGGUGGAAUAGUCAAAUGCCACCACUACUGGCCCAUUUCUCUAAGCAAGCCUUUGGAAUUGAGAAGCUGUCGUAUUUUCCUGAAGAACUACCAGAUGCUUCGAGAUUUUGUCAUUCGAAUAUUUCAAGUUGUAAAAAAGUCUACAGGAACUAGUCAUUUUGUAAAACAAAUGCAAUUCACCAACUGGCCAGACCAUGGCACUCCUACCUCAGUAGAUGAUUUUAUAAAGUAUAUUCGCUAUGUGAGGAAGAGCCACUUUACAGGACCUCUUGUGGUUCACUGCAGUGCUGGCGUAGGCCGGACGGGGGUAUUCAUAUGUGUGGACGUCGUGUUCUGUGCCAUUGAAAAGAACUUGACGUUCAAUAUCAGGAAUAUUGUGUCCCAAAUGAGACAACAACGUCCUGGCAUGAUUCAAACACAGGAGCAGUAUAAGUUUUGUUAUAAAGUUGUGCUUGAAGUUUUACGGAAGAUUGUGUCUAACUUAAAUUGGAAAUGA